AUUUAUUUAGAGUAAAUGGCACCCAGAAAGCAGAGGAAAUAGGAGGUAUGGUCAAAGCAAAGGCAGGGUGUUCCCCUAGACUGCUGGACACCUAUGUUAGCUCCAACUCCUGAGAUGAGCUGGGCCUCUUCUAUCCGGGCACUGGAUAGAAGAGUUUUUAAAAUCUGUCGCCAAAGUAUACCGCAUCUCAAAACACCGCAAUGGGCUUUUCCCCAUUUGUGUUCAUUCUUGGACAGCUUGUCCUGACAUAACGGCAGUUCUCGAAGCUGCAGAUCCACACCGGCGAGUCUUCACCACGCCUGUCCUCCUGUCCAGCUCUCCCAUUUACUACCAGCUGCACGGAGCCUGCGGACGCGUCCAGUUUCACUACGGCUCUCCGCGUUUACAAGUGUCGAGCGCUCGCUUUCGGAACGCCCUUCUCAUUGGCUGAGCCCAGGCCAGUGACGUCAACCAACUUACUUUGGAUUGGCGGGCGGGUUGCUGGGACUGUAGCGUUUGCAGGAAGUCACUUAACUGUUUGCGAGCUGGAAACGCGGUGCCCAGGGUUCUUGUUCCGUCACAGGAACGCGCGCGAGUGACCGACGGAGACGCGUCCCGACGCUCCGCCAGCCGGGGACCCGUGAGCCGGGAGGCCCGGCCAGGCCGCCGGACGGCGAGGCGCGGCCCGCGAGGGGCGGCCGCUCCGGUGCUGCCUCCCGGCUGUUACCCUUUUAAAUGUCAGCCUUGGAGGCUGUCGGGGUAGCACGAGGCACCGGCACGGAACAGUCGGAUUGGCCGCACGCCUCGGUUCGAGACGCACCUCUCCUCCGAAGGGCCCUUCUGACUGGCAGGGGGAGAAAGUAAACAGAGUUGAAUCACCCUCCCCACUGGCCAAUGGGAGGGGGUUUGGAUUGUGACGUGAUGGGAUUCUGCGAAAUUGUUACUGAGCAAGAGAAUGCCGGAACGGUGCGGACCGGCAGGAGCCGGGGCUCAGACGCCGUCCCUGGGCUGGGGGAAAAGUGUCUCCUAGAGCCGGCGCCCGGGGCGGCCCUCGCCACCCGCGUCGGCGUGGUCGGCUGAGGGUGGGGGGCCUUGGGCUCGACGGAGAGGCGGCCGAGGGCGUGUGCCGCUCCUGCAGCUUCCCCUCCCGGCGCCUCGGGGGGCGCUUGCGGUCGAAUCAACUUGCGACCGCCACGUGUGGCAUCUUUCCAAGGGAGCCCCGGCUCGGAGGGGCCCGGCGCGCCCGUCGGGGGGGACCGCGCCCGGCGCGGCGGAGGAGCCCGGGGCGGUGGAUGCUGCGUGCGGAGGCGCUGCCGGUUACGUAAAGAUGAGGGGCUGAGGUCGGCUCGGCGCUCCUGCGAGUCGGAAGCGCCCCGCGCCCCCGCCCCCUUGGCCGCCGCGCCGCGCCGCGCCGCGCUCGUCGUCCGAGGCCAGGGGCAGGGCGAGCCGAAGCUCCGCAGCCACAGCCAAGUUUGGCCCGCGCCGCCGGGGCUUUGCCGUCGCCCGCACCAUGUCCGCGGCCGCCUACAUGGACUUCGUGGCUGCCCAGUGUCUGGUUUCCAUUUCGAACCGCGCUGCGGUGCCGGAGCACGGGGGCUCUCCGGACGCCGAGCGGCUGCGACUACCUGAGCGUGAGGUGACCAAGGAGCACGGUGACCCGGGGGACACCUGGAAGGAUUACUGCACGCUGGUCACCAUCGCCAAGAGCUUGUUGGACCUGAACAAGUACCGGCCCAUGCAGACCCCCUCGGUGUGCAGCGACAGUCUGGAGAGCCCCGAUGAGGAUUUGGGCUCCGAGAGCGACGUGACCACCGAAUCUGGGUCGAGUCCUUCCCACAGCCCCGAGGAGAGACAGGAACCUGGCAGCGCGCCCAGCCCGCUCUCCCUCCUCCACGCCGGAGUGGCUGCGAAGGGGAAACACGCCUCCGAAAAGAGGCACAAGUGCCCCUACAGCGGCUGUGGGAAAGUCUACGGAAAAUCCUCCCAUCUCAAAGCCCAUUACCGAGUGCAUACAGGUGAGCGGCCCUUCCCCUGCACGUGGCCAGACUGCCUUAAAAAGUUCUCGCGCUCGGACGAGCUGACCCGCCACUACCGGACGCACACGGGCGAGAAGCAGUUCCGCUGCCCGCUGUGUGAGAAGCGCUUCAUGCGCAGCGACCACCUCACCAAGCACGCCCGGCGCCACACCGAGUUCCACCCCAGCAUGAUCAAGCGGUCGAAAAAGGCGCUGGCCAACGCUUUGUGAGGCGCUCCCCCGCCCGCCAGCCCCGCGGCAGCCAGGGAGGGACGGACGGACCCCCCCUGCCCCGAGAGGACACAGCUACUCCCCGGAGACCCACGGACCUGUGGCAACCAAGCCCUUCCUCCCCACCACCACCACGAGGCUCACUGGCCGCCCAGGAAGCCGCGCGCCCCCGACUGCCUCCGCCCUGCGUGGUUUCUCAAAAGCACACUGUAGCCCGAGAUCAAAGUCAGCGCUUGGUCCACUCGCAGAGGCAGCUCUCAGCGCCGGUCUCUGACUGCGGGAGGGAGGGCAAACGCGGCCGGCCCGGCCCGGGGGGGUUUUCUCCUUUACUGUCCCCCCCUGCCCGGGGCGGGGUUGGGGAGGGGCGAGGCCACACCGGUGUACAUAACUUCGGACUGCGUGCGCUCAGCGGCGGCGGCACCACGCGCGCACGGUGACCCGGGGCCCUUUUUGCUUGCUGUCUCUCGGAAGUGUUUUUGUUACCUUUUAAAUGUCAUGACGAGUGUGCUUCAGUUUGUUUAUUAGCAAAACCACUCUUGAAUCACGUGAACUGUGGAGAUUUCAGAAACACACACGCAAACACACCACACGCCACAGCACAGCUGUCUGUGCAAGCAGGAGCGCAUCUGCUGCAGCAUGCUCUGUCAUCCUGAGACUUGAACACAGCAUCACUUAGGUCGCCGCGGGGGAGCAGAGCUGGGGUUUGUACCGCUCAAGGCAGACCUGUGCCGGGCCGCACCCAGUCCGGGACUUUGAACCCUUGCUUUGUAGGAAUUGGACUUUCCCAGCGUAAGCUGCACUUCUAUUUCUUAAUGCAGAGGAUGAAUACGUUAAAUACAUGCUUUGAAGAUAGAAGCAGGCUUUCUGUUUGGCACCACGUUAUAAUCUGCGUCUUUUACAGUACACACGUUUCCCUAAGAAAUCCUGGCAGAGAUGUGAGGGCAGAGUCAAUACAACGGGCGCUAAAGGAGAAGGAGGGGUAGUGUUUUAAGAACUACAAAAAAAAAAAAAAAAGAAGAAGAAAAAAAAAAAGAAA